AUGUCGGCCAAGAGAGUCCCGUCUUGCGAGCCCUGCCGGCUGGUGAAGCUGGCAUGCGAUCACCAGCAUCCAGUGUGCUCACGCUGUAUUAAACGGGGCAUUGACAGCAAAUGCGAAUACCGGAAAAACGCAUUCAAACGCAUCCGGCCGCAGGAAUCGCAACGACCGUCGCCAGAGGCCAUGCAGUCCUCGCCCGCAGACCACUUCCAGAGCCGAUGUACCGCGGCCCAGUCGACGUCCUCUUCGACGCCGCAGUCGCUGCAUCAGUCAGAUAUCGGGCAGUCAGUCGUGCUGUCCCAGUUGAAGCUGUACCCCAGCCCAGGCUUCCAGGGACCGUCUUCGCUGGCCUCAAUGCUCGACAACCUGGGCCGUCGCGGCCUGCCUCCUCCCCCAGGCUCGGAGCACGCCGGCCUCAGCAACGAGGAGGCCAGCCGGAUGGACGCGCUCUCGAUGAACCGCCUGUCGAUGAUCGAAGACGGCGUCAGCAUCCUAGACAUGCUUCUGGCCGUCAUGGUCGAUGACUUUCUCGACCGCGUCUUCACGGCUUGGAAGGGCUGCGGCCUCGAGUCGCACCUCGGCUCUUUCCUAGUCAGCUCCUUUGUCGACACUAUGUCGCAGGAAAUCAACCUGCUGCAGAGCUCCCAUAGCUGGCGUGCCAAUCUGUUUGCGCUGUCGCAGCGCAUUUUCGACCGUGGAAGCCAGCCGGUGGAGCUGGACACGUCGACCACGCUCCGAGACUUUGUCAAUCACUUCACCGGCCCCAGUCUGCGCUGGGAGACGGUUGGCGUGAUCUUGACACUCAUUGGCAUCGCCGCCGCCGAAACCAGAGCCCCCAAUGCCAUCUGCAACAGCGAGCAAGAACGGCAGAUCCUCCGCAUGAACAUGGUGAACUGCGCCAACAAGUGCGCCUCUUUUUGCGAGUCCUUUGACAUGUCCAACGAUGUUCAAAUAAUUUUUCUGUAUCAGAACUUUCUACUGCAAUCCGUCUUUUACGGCGACCAGAGUUUUAAAACCUGGCAUGCAUUCAACGAUGCGGCAAACGCUCUGCUGGCGGCCGGACUCCACCAGAAACCCCAGGAUGCACCUAACGUCCCCUUUUUCCUCUUGGAGAUGCGCAAGCGCAUUUUUGUCCGGUUUUACAGUACCGAUAUCACCAUGGCCACAUUUCUCGGCCGGCCACCCCGCAUUAGCAAGCGCUUCUGCACGGUAGACCUGCCCUCAGACCUGAACGAAACAGUCUUGUCAUUGCGUGGGCCAGCUCUCGAGACCGAGCUGCAAAAACUUAAUGCAGACGGGUGGAACACGACGGGGCAAAUCCACUCCGGGACGGUGCAGCGGUGGGCCAUGACGACCUCCAUGAUCCGGGAAGAUGUUUUGGAGCUACUGCUGGGCCACGGCAAGGCCGACGUGGUCCAAGUGACCAGCGCUUUGCGAGAAAGACUCAUGGAAGCUUGGGCGUACUUGCCUAGUCGCAUGGUCGUGUCGUCCUUGAAUGUCUGGAAAGAAAGAACAGACCGCGAAGAGGCCGAGUGUCUACACUUGAUCCGGCUGUACUACCUCCACACGGCCUUCCUGAUUGAAUGGGCUGCAUGGAGCCAAGCCAGCCUGGAGCCAGACGAUCUCUUCCGGUCUGCAACCGAGCUCCUGGCUUGGGUCAACCAGGCCCUCGUGCGGCGUGAGAGCCUGCCCAAGCUUGGCUUCAUUUCAUUGGCAUGGAGGCCUGUGUCUGGUGCAGCCAUCUUCGAGGACCUGGGUUGA